AAAACUAGCUAGAAACAAGAUAAAAAGUAUGUGUUUUGGUAAGAAACUUUUUUACUGGCAGAUUUAAUGAGUAAGGCUUGGGACAGAAGACAAAGUGCUUUUGUUUCCAAUGUAAUAUGUUAUGUAAGAAAUGUUAUGUUAUUGUCUGACAAUUGUUUCACCUGUGCAAUGGUAUUUUUGGUGUCCUGUGCCUUCAUGUGUUCUGGGUACUUGUAUAUAAAUAACACAAGACAUAGCAUAACUAACUAGCUAACUAUCCAGUGUUACCACGGCUACAACAGUUGUCCUGCUGCAGUGCUGAUGGUUGUUUCUGUACAGUGUGUCUGUUGUCAGAGGGCGGGCAGUAACAGGGGGGCAGUAACAGCAGCAGCUGUGGAUCAGAUUUCAGCUGCUAAAACUGAAGCGGAAUGAACCAUCCUGCAGCAGGGAGCAGCUUUCUACUUUUCACAACCAAAGCAUGCAAAUGAGGCAUCUGCAGGCAGUGGGGAAACCUGCCAGCACUGAACCCCCUCCCCUGCUAAACCUGUGAAUGGAUCCUUCCAGCUCUUUAUCCUGGCUCUGAGGGGAAGGCAGAGCCACAGUCAGUGCUGAUCAGAGCUAAGUGUCACACAGGCUGGUCCAAAACUGAGAAAAAAACUGCUUUAAAUCAGCUAGAAGACAUUAAAAACCCUCCAGCAGCUCUUUUCAAAUAACUAAUCAGAGCGGUAAGGAGCUAAUUUGAGUUUUAGAGAGGUAAAGAAGAGAGAUUUCAGAGACAGAAGAGGGCGUGACAGAGAGAUAGCCGAGCAGGCAAGCUGCUGCUGCCAGGGGAGGAAGAGCAGGCUAUGCACCAGCCAAAGCCAGAAGUCAAGAAAAAAAGCUCAAGAAUAGUAAAAAGGUAGACUCUGAGCGAGAGAGAGGUCAUUUGUGAUCUGAGCCAUAAAAUAGAGACCAGCCUCUCUUUGUUGUUGUGUGGGCAACCGUGCGGGGAGGAGGAUGUGAAGGAGAGCAGCAGGGAGGAAGGGAGGCGACUGCAAGAAAGACAAGAAAAUGCUUUCAGAGAUGAUAUGCACGAAGAGCUGCCAGCAGCAGCAGCAGCAGGCUGGUAAAGCGGCACCACAGAAGGACGCUGCCAGCCGCAGGAAGCAAGGCUGGUCCAAGAGCUGCAGGGGGCGCCUGCAGGGGCGGAGGACAGGAGGGGGAGGGUGGCCAAGAGGGCGCAACCAUCAUCAUCACCACCACCACCAACACCCUCAACGUCAUCAUCCUCAUAAUCAUCCCCGACACCUUCGGAGGCCGGCGAUGUCCCUCCGUCCCAUCAAUGUUAAGGGAAACAGAGCGAGGGGGAUGAGGGCCCCCAAGAACACUAACCAGUUUCUGAUGCACGAGAAGUACCAGAUGCUGCACAUGCGCUCCGACUCAGUGGGGAGUGACAGUGGUAGUUGUUCAGACAGUGACGUGGAGCUCACUGACAUGGACUCAUACCUGGGUGUCCUGGAGAAUGCCAGAGGAGCCCUCCUGGACAGUCCUAACCCACACGGCUCAACAACGCCACCAGGACAAGUCCUGGUACUGCACGAAGACCGUCUGCGUCUGCAGGAGGACAGUCUGCGCCUGCAGGAGGACAGCAUGCAGUAUUUCCCCUCAGAGGACGACCUCAUGCAGAGUCAAAAUUUCAUGCAGAGGGACUUUGUUGAGUUCUGUGACAUCCUGACGUCCUGAAGGGAAACUUUCAGGGAACUAUUUUGUUCUCAUCAGUGUAAAAGUCAAAACCUCAGACUGAACGGAAACAGGUUUGUUCUGCUUCACGUUCACAGUAAAUAAGAACAUCUCCGUCUUAUCAAGUCAUUUAGACUUCAGAUUUUAACAAUCUGCCAUGCAAGGUGAGAUAACUCCACCAGUUUCCAGCAGUAUUAAGUUUUUAAAAAGACUACUUUUUUUAAAAUCAAAUGUUAUUUUGUGCAAUCUGCCUUAUUCAGUCUUUUUUCAAGAUUCUGACUCUGCUGUUUAGGGAACAACAAGGGGAACUGCACUGAGAAUAAGUGGAAGACUUGUUGGUAUUUUUCUAGGUUUAAGAAAAUAAAACUUAAGCUACAAGAAUGUAAGAUUAAAUGACAUUAUUAAGACGGAUGUUUUUUUAACAGGUCAUGUUUGGUCAUGUUCAGUGUGUCACGGUGCUAUAAAGUGCUGCUUUUCUGUUGUUGUUAUGCACACAAAGGGAAAUGGGCUGGGUAGUGGGAGUGAGUCCAAACAGCCAAUCGGCAUCGAGCUGGCCGAAUUAGGCUGCAGAUGAUUGGUUGAUGCAGACUGUCAUUAACAAAAAAACAUUUUAUGUACACAAUAAGAAGAAAAAAUGGAAAUAAAUAUCUGAUUGGUGUAA